CCCACUUUUUUUGCUUACGCCCAAAUCACUGAAACCCAGCUUUAGUUUUUGCAUAUAUAUAUAUUUUAAGAAAAAUAAACAAUUGUUCUCGUACUAGAGUACUAAUUUGUCUUUUGCACUUCUGAAAGGAAUGAUGUUUCUUCUGCUCAGCGUUGACCUGAAAACCGACAAACUGCACAUUGAAUCUUCCUUUCUCAUUCAUUCUCUCCAUACACUGCAUAUUCUGCCUGACUCGAGUCACAGUGGCUUCAUUUUCCUUUAAUUGAGUGAUCAGCAUACAAUUUAUUGAACCAAGAAAGCUUGUUGAUGUGAAAGACUUACACCUAUUAGGAUCGUGCUAUUGUUGCUGUUAUGGGUUGUGCAGUUUCUAAAAAAAGUAGGGCAAGAUCCGUAUUAGCAGAUCCUGUUGCACUUGCUUCUGAAACGAUUUUCACUGUUAGUGAAGUAGAAGCGUUGCUUGAUCUAUACAAGAAAUUGAGCUGCUCCAUCACCAGAGAUGGGCUGAUCCAUAAGGAAGAACUCUUACUGGCACUUUUCAAGAACCAUAAGAAGGAAAACCUUUUUGCAGACAGGAUAUUUGCCCUUUUUGAUGCCAAGCAGAAUGGGCAUAUUGACUUUGGAGAAUUUGUGCAAACAUUGAGCAUUUUCCAUCCAAGGACUCCUGAAUCUGAGAAGAUUGAAUGUGAGGAAAGCAGACGAAAUGCAUUUAAAUUAUAUGAUCUUAGGCACACUGGCUACAUUGAGCGUGAGGAGUUGAAGGAGAUGGUUGUGGCUCUUCUCGAUGAAUCUGAUCUUCACCUUUCAGAUGAUGUUGUUGAAGCCAUUGUCGACAAGACAUUUAAAGAAACAGAUGCAAACGGUGAUGGUAGGAUCGACCAGGAGGAGUGGAGAGAAUUUGCUGCUAGAAAUCCAACGUUGUUAAGAAACAUGACUCUUCCUUAUUUAGUAGAUGUCAAUUUAGCAUUUCCAAGCUUUAUCUUGGGCACAGGAGCAGAAGACUCAACAUUUACAGGCUCAUUGAUCUGAAGAAUCUUGUCCUCUUAAAUGGUGCAUUAGCAUAGAAGAAAACAUCGGUUCUAAUGUGGUUGCUAUGAUUUUCUAAUUUCAAAAACAUAUGAAUUCCCUGAAAAAUUUGUUCAGCUGCUAAUUUUGAACAUAUUGUACGGACGUGGUUGUGCCAAAUGAAUAUGUGAAGUUUACAAGGAUACUAUAAUUGGAAAUGAGUUGCCUUAAUCAACUAUUGACCAACCAACUUUUUGUCCAUAAUUGGGAUUAACGUUUUAUUAGUUGGAAAAAACUAUUGACCCUUAACCAACUUUUUGUUUUUCUUUGAAGAGGCUUUGUUUUCCUGUAAAAGAGUGAUCACCAUACAAUAUUUUGAACAAAGGAAGCUCUUCUCCUGGAGUGGCCAAACACGAACUCCUGCAUAUCUUAAUUGAUUCUUUACGUGCUUUUCCAGAGAUGUAAAUUUAGCAUUUCCGAGCUUUGUCUUGGGCACAGGAGCGGAAGACUCAGAAUUUACGGAUUAUUGAUUUGAUAAGCGGGAGAAUGUACCUCCCACAUAAAUGGUGCAUUAGCAUAGAAGAAAACAUUUGUUCUGAUGUGGUUGCUAUAGUUUUCUAAUUUCAGAAAACAAAUGAACUCUCAGACAAAUGUGUUAUCUGCUAAUUUUGAACAUAGUUUUCUGAUGUGGUUGUGCCAACAUGGAUUUGUGAAGUUUGUAGAGGAUACCUGAAUAGCUUGCCUCCAAUUGUAAUCUUAAUGUAGGAAUUGCACCCUGUAGCCAGUUUUCACCCUGCUAUUUUAGUUAUAUCCAGUUUCUUCAAAUGAUUUAACUUGUAGCCGGUGUUUGCAAACUUCAGACAAAGAGCUGCCUACUCUUCUUGUUGGUUAACAAUGAUUCCAAGGCGCUGGUAACUAUGCGGGGUAUCAACAUAUGUAAUGCUCUUUUUGCUCUGUGUUUCAGUUUUAUAUUUUUGUCUUUUGUUUUCAAGAGUUGUAAGCACAUGGUACAUCUUCACUUGGCAUUUAUUUUCUUGUUUUAAGCUUCUUAA